AUGUCUUUUAAAUAUAAAUUUUAUCAUUUGUUUCCCACCCUAACAGCUGCAGAAAUAACUGUUCAACCAACUGUGGAAGAGGCCUCUGACAACUGCACUCAAGAAUGUCUCAUCUUGGGCCAUUCUGAUGCCUGCUGGAUGCCAGCUUCUCUGACCCAUUCCAGCCCUUCACAGGCACAGGCCUCUGCUCUCUGCCACAGCCCACCCCUGACACAGGCCUCUGCUCGCCGCCUCAGCCCUCCGGUGACACAGACCAUUGCUCUCUGCCACAAUCCUCCGGUGACCCAGGCUAUCGCACUGUGCCACAGCCCUCCACCAGCACAGGCCUCUGCUCUCCACCACAGUCCGCCUGCAGCACAGGCUACUGCUCUUCGCCACAGCCCUCCACCAGCACAGGCCUCAGUCCUCCGCUACAGCCCUCCUCUGCCACAGGCUGCUGCCCUCUAUCGCAGCCCUGCACAGCCACCAAUGGGUUUGCAGCAAGGUUGGGGGCAAGGUGCUGGACCUGAGGGACUGCUUUCUCUUGAUCAAGGAGUGCAAGGCAGUACAAGAUCCCAGUUUUACACCAUGUCUGAAAGACUUCAUCCUAGUGACGAUUCAAUUAAAGUCAUUCCCUUGACAACUUUCACUCCAGGCCAACAAGCCAAAUCCUCUCGAGGUGAUUCCCCUAUUAUGGAAGAACAUCCUUUAUAAAGCUAAACAGCUAAUUCACAUUUUCCAACAGGAUGUAUAUAAUCAAAGUUUAAGAUCCAGUUUCAAUGAAUAUUCCAAAUUGUUAGGUUUGUAAAUAGCUAUGUAAAUAGAAACAGAUACCAGAAUAAAGUCUAGAGCUAGACCCUUAGUC